AUGGACUACAGAGUUGAGUCUUCAGAAACUCUGAGGAACAAGUGUGCAGCAUGCUACAGACAAUUCAACAAAAUCGAGCACUUAGUGGAGCACAUGAGAACCUCAUAUCACUCAGCUCAUGAACCCACAUGUGGAAUCUGUAAGAAACAUUGCAGAUCCUUUGAAUCUCUCAGGGAACAUCUUAUAGGGCCAUUGCCAAAACAAGAAUGCAGGAAUAUAUUCAGCACCAGAGGAUGCAAAUUCUGCUUAGCUAUCCUUGACAGCCCUUAUGCUCUCAGGGCUCACCAGGACAGAUGCCAACUCUCUGGUGCAAAUGCUGGCCUACUUGGUCGCUUUGCUAAUUUGGGCAUUCGUGACAAUACUGAAAAUGGUAGCACAAGAGGCACCCAAGUUGUUGCACUUGCUUGCAAAAUGGUUGGUGGGGGCAGUGACGGCUCCCUGGAUCUCUGUGCAAAGGUCUGCCUCAUCGACGAAUACGAAAACAUCAUCUUCCAGUCUUAUGUCAAGCCACUACUUCCAGUCACAAACUACAGGUAUGAAACAACUGGCAUUCGUCCUGAAUACUUAAGGGAUGCAAUGCCUCUGAGGCAAGUGCAAAAGAAGAUUCAAGACUUCCUCUGCAAUGGGGAACCAAUGUGGAAGAUUCGACCUAGAGGCGGAAAAGCUAGGAUUCUUGUGGGCCAUGGUUUGGAUCAUGAUCUUGACUCUUUGCAGGUGGAAUAUCCACAAGUAAUGAUCAGGGAUACUGCAAAAUACCCUCCAUUGAUGAAAACAAGCAAGCUCAGCAACUCACUCAAGUAUCUAACUCAAGCAUAUCUUGGGUAUGACAUUCAAACUGGCAUUCAAGACCCUUAUGAGGAUUGUGUUGCAACAAUGAAGCUCUACAUGAGAAUGCGAUCCCAAGUUCAUAAGACAGAGGCUUAUCCACUAGCUUCUGACCCACAGAACAGGAACAACUUUGCAUCGUGGCGCCAAAAUGAGCUCGAGAGGAUGAGCCCAGAACAAAUGCUGGAAGCCUCAAGGUCUGAUUACUAUUGUUGGUGUCUGGACUCCCGGGAUAUGUAG